UCUCCAAAACGCUGCUCACCCCAGCGUCCCGCCCCGUGAGGCCCAGUCUGGGGACAGUCCGAGGUCUGUCUUCACUAGAGCCACGGCGAUGCGGCCCCCGAAGUCUCUAAGCGUCAAGGGAACGGGCCAAGGGCUGGGGAGGGAUGUCUGAGGGCAGUCCUGACCCCUUGGACAAUGGGCCUAAGAGAGUUAUGAGGACCGACCGCCAGACCGUCAGCGAUCGGGACACGGCUGUCCCGGCGGCCAGUUUCGCGCGAGGUGGGCCAGCCGCGCUCCAGCAGGAGGCGCUGCAAGACUGGCCGAGCACUUCGUACGCAAGUCCGACUCGGCAGCAUCCCGCGCAGCAGGGACCAGGGGAAGGGAGAGAGGAAGAGGGAACUUCGAUCACUGCGAGGGUGUCGGGGAAGGGGCGGUAGGGUCCCGAUCUUGGGGCAGCAACAGAAGAGCCCAAAGCCCAGGAAAAAGAUGGAUCAUGUGAGUGGGACUGAGAGGUUUAUGGAGCUGAGCUCCCGCGGCUGUAAAUCACCCUGCCCUCCCCGGUAUAAAGCGCCCGUCCAUCCCGGCGUUAGAGAGAGGACACACUCGCCGCCCCCUGACCCCCAGCUCAGCGCGGGCUCCCGGCCCAGCCAGUGACCCCUCCAGCCUCCUCCAGUCGCCUCUGCCAUGUCCGAGGAGCUGCCCACGGGCCCCAAGGAGAGCCUGCCGGCACCGCGGGCAGCCCCCCGCGAGGUGUGGAAGAAGGGCGGCCGCCUGCUGUCCGUGCUGCUGGCCGUGAACGUGCUGCUCCUCGCCUGCACGCUUAUCAGCGGCGGCGCCUUCAACAAGGUGGCGGUGUACGACACCGACGUGUUCGCCCUGCUCACCACCAUGAUGCUGCUGGCUGUGCUCUGGAUCCUCUUCUACCUCCUUCGCACCGUGCGCUGCCCCGACACCGACGCCGUCCCCUACCGGGACGCGCGCGCGGGCCCCAUCUGGCUCCGAGGUGGGCUGGUGCUGUUUGGGAUCUGCACUCUCGUCAUGGAUGUCUUCAAGACCGGCUACUACUCCAGUUCCUUUGAGUGCCAGUCAGCCAUCAAGAUCCUGUACCCUCUCACCCAGGCUGUGUUUGUCAUUGUGCAGACUUACUUUCUCUGCAUCUCCGCUAAAGAUUGUGUUCACAGCCACCUGGACCUGACUCGAUGUGGUCUCAUGUUCACGCUCACCACCAACCUGGCCAUCUGGAUGGCAACCGUGGUGGAUGAAUCGGUGCACCAGGCCCAUUCCCUCGGCAGUCUUCACAACACCACCAGCCAUACCCGCCUCGCUCUGGAAUCGGAGCGUGCGGGCGGCCCAGUCGGAGAAGACUGCUCCUGCAACACGGACGUCUGCCAGAUCUUCCAGCAGGGCUACUUCUACCUGUACCCCUUCAACAUCGAGUACAGCCUCUUUGCUUCCACCAUGCUCUACGUCAUGUGGAAGAACGUGGGCAGGCUGAUGGCCUCCUCUACCCACGGCCACAGCCACGCCCCAUCCCUGCUCAGCCUCUUCCGGGAGACCUUUUUUGCCGGCCCGAUCCUGGGCCUGAUGCUUUUCGUCGUGGGGCUGGCCGUCUUCAUCAUCUACGAGGUCCAAGUGAGUGGGGAGAGGAGCCGCACCCAGCAGGCCCUGGUCAUGUACUACAGCUUCAACAUCGUCUGUCUGGGGCUCAUGACCUUGGUCAGCCUGAGUGGCUCAGUCAUCUACCGUUUUGACCGCCGGGCCAUGGACCACCGUAAGAACCCCACUCGCAGCCUGGACAUGGCUCUGCUGGUGGGUGCCGCCCUGGGCCAGUACGCCAUCUCCUACUACUCUAUCGUGGCUGUAGUGGCGGGCACACCCAGGGAGCUGCUGGCGGGGCUCAGCCUGGCCCACGCUCUGCUCAUGAUCGCCCAGCACACCUUCCAGAACGUUUUCAUCAUUGAGAGCCUCCACCGGGUUCCCCCCGGGGCUGAGCCUCAUGGUACUCCCCCCAAGGAGCCCUGCCACGGCCUCACCUUUGCCAACCUGGACACCCUCCACACCUUGCCUGCCUGCCCACCCACCCCCAGGCUGGUUGGCCCCAGCCCAGCAGGACCUCAGGGAGCAGUGAGCAUCACCUUGGCCCCCAGGGGCCACUGGAGAUACCGGUGCUUGAAGGACAUUUCUCUGUUUCUCCUGCUCUGCAACAUCAUCCUGUGGAUCAUGCCCGCCUUCGGGGCCCGCCCCCACUUCAGCAACACCGUGGAGGUGGACUUCUAUGGCUACUCCCUCUGGGCAGCCAUCGUCAACAUCUGCCUGCCCUUCGGCAUCUUCUACCGCAUGCAUGCUGUCUCCAGCCUGCUGGAGGUCUACAUGCUGUCCUGAAGCCCCACUAGAGACGUGGGGAGGAGGGGCUCAGCUCAUGCACCCACCCAGAGACCCCCGCGGAAUGAAUCCCAGGCUGGCAGUCACUAUGCCACGUAACUACCCAUUCCCCCGCUGGCCUCAGAGUGGAAUUUUCACAAAAGUUAUUUUUCCAGGAUGAGUUUUUAAAUCACAAUCAGGACAUGCAUAUCCCUGGGGCAUGGGGCAAGCAGUGGUGGGGGCGGGGAGGAGGACCUCUCCCUGCACCCUUCCUAGGACCAGGCAAGAUCUGGAAGUGUCCUAGCCUCUAGCUCCACCCCUACCCCCGCCCCGUGUCCUGGCCAAUGCUGCCGCCUGGAGCUGGAAACCAAUAAACCUGCUCUUCU